UUGCAAGCAAAGGAUAUAUGGAACGUUGACGAAUCGGGCAUCACGACUGUUCAGAAACCGGACCGCGUCAUUGCUCGACGAGGACACAAACAAGUGAGUGCCAUGACUUCCGCAGAGAGGGGAACAUUAGUUACUAUAGCACUAGCAGGAAAUGCCCUUGGGAACCACAUACCUCCAAUGUUUAUCUUUCCGCGAAAAAGAUUUAAUGAUCACUUUAUACGUGAUGGAUCUAUUGGAUCAAUUGGUACUGCGAAUGGGUCAGGGUGGAUGCAAGAAGAAGACUUCUAUAUAUUUCUUACAUUUUUCAAAGACCAAGUUAGGCCAUCUAAAGAAAAUAAGGUCCUAUUGUUAUUAGAUAACCACGCAUCACACACUGCUGUUAAAAAUAUCGAGUUCUGCAAGGAAAAUGGCAUUAUUCUAUUAACUUUUCCACCUCACUGCACCCAAAAGUUGCAGCCAAUGGACAGAGCCGUUUUUGGAUCGGUGAAAAAAGCAGUUAACACAGCUUGCGAUGAUUGGAUGCGGUCUAAUUUUUUACCUACUCUACCAGCUGACCCUCCUUCAAAGGAUCUCAUAGAUCUAUUAGUACCACCUCCUAAUUUUAAUCCCGAUGACUUAAUCGUAAACUCUCAAGAUCAAGGUGAACCUGCUAGAAUUGAAACUCAAAAUACACCUAACCUCGUCGUAGAGCCCGGUCCCCUUUCAGACGAUUCUCUAAAUCUGAACUUACCUGAAAAUAACUAUCCCGCAUUCUUAAAAAUAAUGGCAAGACCCGCUGUACAAAAAGCACCGGAAAAAUCCACAAAGAAGACCUCAAAGAAAAGGAAACACGAGGAAGAAGACGACAAAAUGUUGACAGAGGCUUUUAAAAUUCUAACUGAAACAUCUCAAGCUACGGAUACUUAUUUCAGUUAUGGGCAGCACAUUGCAAACGAAUUAAGGAAAUACGAUAACCACACUCUAAUAUAUGUGAAACAGGCUAUAAACAAUAUAAUUUUUGAGGCUGACUUAGGUAGAUACAGUCCAAUGUAUGGGUAUACAUCACAAGAGCCUCAAAAUCUUUCCAAUAACAAUUCUCUGGCCAAAAAAAUGAACAAAGCAUUUGAAGCAGUACAAAGUAAGAAUAUGGGGUAUAAGAAGGCUGCCAAAACGUUUACUGUACCUAGAUCAACGUUAAGGAGACUGGCCAAAUGUACAGGAGAAUCAUUGGAUUCAGUUGGGUACAAACCAUUACGUGGUAGAGGACGAGGGAGAGGACGCGGUAAAAAUCCAACAGUCGCAACCGUAACCCAACGUUCCAGUCUACGUAGGGAGGUGACUGACCGUUCUGAAGCUGACACUGAGCCAGCUUCAACAUCAUCUGCGUCUCAAUCUACUGCAAUCAUUGAUUCCUCGAUUUCUUUAACGUCUGCUCCAAAUGCAGAACCGGACCCAUUGCCAUGCACAUCACGAAAUAUUGACCAAAAUUCGACAUUAGUAAAUGAUGAAACCAGUAAUAUCGAAGACUCGGAAAAUACUGUUGAGGAGGACAAUACAGAUUGUGAAGUAGAUGUACAAAGUUUUCGAGAUGAUGAGUCAGGAAAAAAAUGCUUUUUUUGUGAAAAAGUCAAUAUAAAACGUAAAGGGCGACAAAUGUACUGUCGUAAAAUUAAAAACAAAAUGCCCUUUCUGGAAAAAAUUAAAAAUUAUUCUACAGAACUGGGUGAUAUAGAGAUGUUACUAAAAAUUCAAGAAGAAACUAACUCUGUUAACGAUGCUUUUUUGGCGUAUCACAAUAUAUGUAGUGUGAAUUAUUUUGCAAAAUACCAAAGGAAAACGAAUCCACCUCCAAGUAAUGAUUGGGCUACGAAACGAGAAGGCCAUAAAAUUGCCAGAGAACGAUUGAUUAAUUAUAUUCAGCAAGAAGUUAUUACAAAUCGACGAGUGAUGUCAUUAGCUCACUUGAAAUAUUGUUAUGCUGAAUUUGUGAAAGAAAUGUAUGAACACGCAAAUUUAGAAGCUACCACAUUCAGCAAUAAAGCUCUUAAGGAUUAUAUACAAACUCAAUUAAGACACAAAAUAUCAUUGGUUAACAUUUCUAAUCAACAAUUUGUUAUAUCAUCUGAAGUAGAUAUUGAAGCAACCGAUGAUGAAGAAAUCAAUUUCAUUGAUAGUGAAGUAUUAAAUGAAGGAGAGUGCGAUGUUCCAAAAUGGUUGGAUUUAUUUUGGACUACUGCUUUGAACGGUAUUGGCAAAGAAAGCUGCGAUCGGGUUCAGAGAUUGUCUUCAUGUUAUUCGCAGGACUCCAUCUACAGUAUUACUAGAGAAGAAGAAUUGAACAUUAUCAAAAGGAACGAUGCAUCUACAGAAGCUCAACAGAAUUUAUCAGUUAAUGUUCGUGAUUUGACUGGCCGUAGAAAACGUUCGUUUGAGGAACAGACAUUUGAAAAUGUACUGUACGCGAAGCAACGUCGUCCAGAAUUUUGGCGUAGUAGUGAUGACUUCAUGGAAGGUGCUCCAGAAGGUAGCCUAGGAACUGCUACUAAGAGUGGUUGGAUAAAUACCGAUAUAACAAAUGUUCUCUAUUGCGACACAACCAACUUAUAUCCAACUUCGAAUACGCGCGGAGUAAAACUGAUGGAUGCCAGAGUGGCUGGGCUUUCAGCAGGAUGCCACGGCAUGCCACGGAACGCUGCGGGAUGCCACUACACAACCUGUCGUGCAAUUCUGUGCCACGCCAUGGUAAAUAAAUAUAUAAAAAAAACUAAGCAAGGGACGUGCGACGAAAAUGCUAUGCAAACGGCUAUUGAUUUGUGCAAAUCUGGAGAAUCAAUAAAAAGUACAACUAAAAAGUAUGGUUUGGCUUAUGCAACCUUGUAUAGGCAUAUAAAAACCGGAAUCGCUGCUUCAAAACUUGGUAGAUUCCCGUUCAUCUACGCCAAGAAAAAUAAUUUGAACUAUCCGAAAAACUGGGACAAGUACGAAAAAGCUGGAGAUGAUUGGUUAUCGUCAUUUUUGUCUCGUCACCAUCAAAUAUCCCUCAGGACUCCAGAGGCACCAUCGGUUGAAAGGGCAAAAGGAUUUAACAGACGUGAAGUUGGACGUUUUUAUGCAAACUUAGAAACUUUAACAGUAAAACAUGAUAUUGAUGCAUCCAGAUUAUAUAACAUGGAUGAAACUGGUCCACAACCACAAAUAAGCCGCCUAAAAUUGUCGGUAAAUGACAUAAUAUCGCAUCUUGAAGACAACGAUGACGUAUUGUCAGCAGAUAUUUACAUAACACCCCCAGAUAAUUACGACAAAAGUGAUGAAGACAGUGGAGAUGAGGAGUCUUCGAACAUAAAUCACCUGUCCAGGCAGCAGCUCUUAGCACAGGCUGAGUUUAGGGCUACUGUAUCUUCACAGUCUAAUUUAGAUAUUAUAGAAAGCGUAUCAAAUGAAGUUUCUAUAGAUAAUAAUACACACGGCGACUUAUCAGUACAACCACCGGCAAAGAAAAAAAAAAUGUCCAGCUACCCGAAAGUGGAGGAAAGUAGAUAUUCCAGUGAAGACAGAGAAAACAUCAGAGCCACCACAUUUCUUAGAACACCUAGAUACUCCUGGGCAAGCACAGGAAAUACCCACCCAGAACUUGGUGUAGGUGCUUCUGUUGUUUUAGACCUCAUAUCCAAAUUGCCGCCCGGUACUUACAGCUUUUAUAUGGACAACUAUUUUACAUCUUUACCCUUGUUGGAUGAAAUAAAAACAUUAGGACACGAUGCGACGGGAACGGUUAGGGCAAAUAGGGUAGAAAAGGCACCCUUGAAAGAAGCGAAAGAUAUGAAGAAAAUGAGCAGAGGGUCUUUUGACCAGUGUACAGAUACUCUGACGAACAUCACCCUCGUACGUUACAAUGACAACAAUAUUGUUACCGUUGCCUCAACCGAAUGUGGUGUGGAGCCUUUAGCUAAGUUAUAUAAAUUAUCGCCAGCUUCACAAAACAAUCAGCAUGACUAUUUGUCAUUUACAAGACAUGUUGUAACAACAUAUCUUCAGACUUUUCCUGAAAAUUCUUCUUCAGUAAAGAAGCCUAUUCCAAGAUCAUCUCUAGCAGUCAUAAAACGAGUUCCAGUUGAUAUUAGGGUGUCUCCGAUUCGAAAAUUAUGUGAUGAUUUGACAACUUCGUUUGCAAAUGCUUCGCCUCAAGAAAUUCUCGCGAUCCCCACAGUCAAACAAACGAGAAAAAACUACACCGAGAAAAAACCGUUCUUCACGUCAUCCUUCUAUAAAAUUGAGUUAGAAGAACGAGAACAACUUAAUAGAACGAAGAAGUGUUCUUAUCCAAAUGACCCCAAGUUAAAGAAGAACUCUAAGUAA